CACAAAAAGUCGUCUAUGAAUUGCCUUCGACGAUUUCCAAAUAUAGUACAAUUUGUUAUCGCGCACUUGAUUAAGAAUUCAGAACCCUAGCUAAUACAGAGUGCCCAUAUGAAAAUGUGUUACUGCUCAUCCUCAUCAUCAUCCCAAUCUCGAUCUCCAUUGUUGCCCCAACAUCACAAUGACAAGUCGACAUCCGCAGUCGUCGAUCCCACAACCACCAACGAUUCGCCGCCACCACCGCCUUCUACGGUUCCCGAGGACAACCAACCGGCGGCGGUUGAUCCGAACAACAAAAUCGAAUCCGAAGUUCACAGCUGUUUACCCCAUUGGGAAGUCGUCUUGUUCCUGUUUCUCAUUGGGCUCGUGUGUAUUGGUGUUCCCAUCAUGGUUAGCAAUAAUACCAACAACAGCAAUAGUAGUGGUCUUACUACCGGCAGUGCGGCGGGCCGGUUAUUAACAGCCAACUGGGUCAUUGUUCUCCAUCUCGACAACAACGUCGGCGACUGUUGUCCAUCGCUGCACCUCUACCGAAUCCAGGCCUCACUUUUCCAUGCCGACGACGGUCAUCGUCCGCUCGCAACGACCCGGCGGUUCACCACACUGAAUAUCGACAACGCAGCGCAUGACGGGAGCGACGUGACGUUUUCGAUUCAAUUAAGAGCGGAAGGAGGAGUUGACGUCGCGAAGCUGCAUGUGGUGGAUGCCAUUUCCCAGGAUUAUGGGACGGAACCCACGUUGAGGUUCAAAUCAGUUAUUCUGGUUUGGGCACGACUCCAGCCGAAUCUAUUCCCUGCCCGGUACUAUUUAGCUCGGAUUAGUUGCAAUCCGUUCUGGAUCGGAUCUUCUAAUAUUGGGAUGAGCACAAUCUCCUCAGAUCACAAAAAAUGUCACGUCCACGUGUAAGUAAAACAUUUAAUUCCACAUUCCUUUCUUUUUGAACUAGCUAGUUUAGACCAUUAAAAAAACUACAUAAUAGGGAUGAGCGUCGGGUGGAUUGACAGGGGUUUAUGCUCUAAUUAACUCCUCUACAAUUAAAUUAUAUAAGUGUAUGAGUUUAAACGUGACCGCACACACCUAAAUAUAUCAUAUAUUAGGUGGAGUAAUGCGAUUUUACGACUGGGUUAAGACAAUUUGCAUAAAUUUGAAUAUUAUUU